AUGCAAGACCCAAACAUUUCAGUUGCCUAUGUCAUUGAGAAAUUCAAGAAAAAAGGCUUUAACUGCUUAAACUUAGAAGAAAUCGCUAUCACACAAAUAACUCCUAACUGGCCUCAAGAAUUUUACUCCUCCACAGGAGAAGACUGAAACAGCUACCAAGACAAAGCUUCUGAAAGGCUUAAAAGAGCGAAUUUCAACUUAAAGUGAUUAUCUACACCCUCAAAUCCUGCACAAUCUCCUUUAUUUUCCGCAAUUUCUAGAGGUGAUUUAAAAAAAGUAGAAGAAUUUCUCUCUUCAAAUGAUUUGAAAUCAUGCAUAGAUGCGGUCGAUGAAACAAAGAAGUCAUGCCUUCAUAUUGCGGCUAAGGAAGGACAAUCAAAAAUUGUUGAAUUCUUAUCUCAGCAAGGUUUUUCGAUAGAAGCCCGUGAUAAAUUAUUAACAACUCCUUUACAUCAGGCAAGCAAUUCAGGUCAUUCUAAUAUUGUUUCGUAUUUGCUUUUAAAAGGUGCAGAUCCACAUGCAGUUGACAUUUCAGGCAGGACAGUGCUUCUAUACGGUUCUCUUUCGCCGAAUUCUAAUGUAAUUGAUGUUCUGCUAUCACAUGACUCAACUUUGAUUGACGACAAAGAUUUUUCUGGGAGAAGUGCUUUGCAUUAUGCAGUGUUCAAUCCUCAUCCAAAGCAGGUUGAUAUCAUGAGGAAGUUAUUGGAGUUUGGCCUUCCUGUUGAUGUUCAAGACAAUGAUAAAAGGACGCCUCUUCAUCAUGCUUGUGAGGCGGGGAAACCAAGAGCUAUAAGACUACUCUUAAAAUGAGGGGCUAAUAUCGAAAUCAGAGACUUGAUUAGCAACAAAACGCCGCUUGACCUCUCUGCUAACCAGAACAUAAGGCAGCUUGUGCUACUAUAUUCACAGGAUAAUAAACAAGCUGAUCGUCCUGUUAAAACACAAAAAAUAACAGAAGACAAGCUGCCAAAUAUUAAAAAGUCUCCAAUUGACACAAUACAAAAUUCGAUUUAUAAAGAAAAGCUCCUCUCAUUGUUAAAGAGAGUUCAAGAAGCAGGAGUCAACACCAACCAGCACUAUAUUAAACCAUAUCUAUACUCUGGAAUGUGGCUUGAGAAAAUUCAAAGUGUCGGAAACUUGCACAAAGAGCUUUCUACUUUAAACCCAUCGGAAGCUGUUUUGCAGGUAUUUAACGUAUUGUUCCCCUAUCCAAAGCCUUUACCUAUUCCUCCAAUAGAUGAUAAUGAAAUGCAAGGAUUUUUUGGCAAGUAUGAGCCAACAAGAAAAUAUGAUGCAGUAUUCCAGGGAAGCAGCGAUGAUUCAAGAAUAUUAAAAUUACAGCAGCAAUUACAAAAUAGCGAUUCGAAAAUAUUUGAUUUACAGCAGCUAAUAUAUAGCUUGGAAAAAAGAAUCAAAGAGUUGCAGAUUGAUUCUGAAAAUAAAAGCACUGAAAUUAAUAAUUCCGCCAAAAUAAUAAAAGAGUUGAGAGACAAACUUAUCAAUGUUACAAAAGAAAGUUCGAGCAAAGAAGAUUAUGAACAAAUCAAACUUGAAAAAGCUGAGGCUUUAAAAACUAUAGAGAAACUUAAAAAAGAACUUGCAUCACGUAGCAUUUCACAAGAUGGUCCAAAAGAAAACGAAAGCAAUGCAGAAACAAAUGUCGAGCUUCAAGAAACAAUUGAGAAGCUUAAAAAAGAAAAUCGAGCACUUCGAUUCAGAGCUGGACAGAUUCUUUUAAAAGGAUUAGAAAUUAAAGAAGCCCAAACUCCAAACACUGCAGAAGUCCAAUUAAAAGAUGAUGAGACCUUGCAGAGACUUGAAGAAGCACUCGUUGAUAAUCCACCAAAUUUUAGGAAAAGAUUGACUGAAGCUGACUCUAAUAAAGAUGGAAAAAUUACGAAAGCAGAACUAACUAGGGUUUUAGCAAAACUGAUUUUAGUCCCACAGGAUAUAAUUGUUAUGCUCAGAAUUUCAGGCUUUCGCCAAGGAGUUACGGCAGUUCCUAUAGAUGAUAUUGCAGAAUUACUUGAAAAGCGAUUAGAAAAUAGGAAUAAAUUAGAGAUGGACCUAUUCACUAGAUUGGCUGAACACUUUCAAAGUAGCAAUUUGAGCGUUGAUCAAGCUUUUGAUUUUAUAGAUGUAAAUAAAGAUGGAUAUGUAAAUUUUCAAGAACUGUCUGAUGCUCUUGAUGCAAUUAAUCUGCCAUUAAACAGAGAAGACAGGCAUGCUCUAUUUACAGUUUUUGAUAGUGAUCAUAAUGGAUACAUUUCAUUAGAUGAACUUAAAAUAAGACUAAACAAUAUACCAAUUAGUCUAGAAAAACCUUCAAAAGUGAAUACAAGUAAUAGCUUUACCCAAAAAGGAGAUGAAGAAGAAAACCCAAAAAUUAUGCAGAGGGAGAUUAUUACAAAAAAUCCAAUCCCAAAGCAGAUUAAACCAAGCAAAGAAGUAGAAGACAUCGAAAUUGGGCCUUUUGAAACUGGGCCCAAAACCAAAAAUCAAAUACUGAAAACUCUUAAUAAAAAACCAAUAGAAAAAGUUGACGAUCUCAGUCCAAUACCUCGCCCCAGCCAAAAGCCUCCAAAUAAUAAUUUUGAGGUAAAAGAAGAGACUUAUGAUCCAAAUAAAGAUAAUCUAAAGAAUUCAAGCAAAAGAAAAGUUCUUGCUAGAAGAGGACUCAAACAAAAUGGAAAGUAUUAUUUUAUAUGCGCAUAUGAAACAAAAACUGGAAUUGAAGUAGAGCUGCAUUUAGUUGAUAAUAAGAAUAGCCCAAUGUAUUUAGUUAAGGAUAAAGCAUUAGUAGACAGGACAGAUGAUAUUAAUACCAUUUUAUCCAAAAUAUCAAUUACGCCAGAUAACAAAAUAACAUUCGCCACUUAUCAAAAUAAAGAUGAUGAUCUAAAGAAAACAAGCAAAAGAGAAGUUCUUGCAAGAAGAGGAUUCAAGCAAAAUGGAAAGUACUAUUUUGUUUGUGCAUAUGAUGCAAAGGCAGGAAUUGAAAUAGAGUUGCAUUUGGUAGAUAGCAAGGAUAAGCCAAUGUAUUUAGUUCAAGAUAAGGCCUUACUCAUUCAGGGCUAUUUUUUUCCAAAAAUAAGGAUAUUUUAAUAUAUUUUGUUCAAUCAUGGGAAGAGGAGUUAGUUGAUCGAAGCACUGACAUUAAUAAAAUUUUGUCCAAAAUUUCAAUAACACCAAAUAAUAAAAUAACUUUUGGUGCUUAA